AUGCUGGAAAGAUCCUCAAAAGUAGCGAUCAAGGAAUCGGAUAAGUCCUCUCCUGAUCUGGAUGCAAAGGCACCAGCCCAUGAGGCUCAAGGCACCAUCACAGAUGACAAGUCAUCACCGUCAACACAGGCAGCCGAUAUGCAUUCUUCACAAGAGAAAUUGACAAAAAAAUAUACUCCGACCGAGGAGAAGUUAUCGAUCUGGAAACUAGUGCCCAUCACAGUGGCUCUCUGUGCGACUUUGUUCUGUAUGUCCUUGGAUCAAACUAUAUUGGCAACCGCAAUCCCUAAGAUCACCACCCAGUUCAGCUCUCUAGAUGACGUUGCCUGGUAUGGGAGCUCGUACCUUCUCGCCACGUGCGCUGUGCAGUUGAUGUUUGGAAAGCUAUACACCUUCUAUCCCUCCAAAUGGGUCUUCCUUUGCGCUCUUCUCAUCUUUGAGGUUGGAUCAGUGGUCUGUGGUGCAGCGCCCACUUCGGAUGCUUUGAUCGUCGGACGAUGUGUUGCUGGUCUUGGGGCCGCUGGUCUUUUCUCGGGGGCUCUCAUUAUUGUCAAUACCACGGUUCCUCUGCGAGUCCGUCCUAUAUACAUUGGGUUGGUCUCUAGUAUGCAUGCAGUUGCAAGCGUGGCUGGUCCAAUCAUGGGCGGCGCGUUUACUGACCAUGUCACAUGGCGUUGGUGCUUCUAUAUCAACCUCCCAUUCGGUGGCCUGGCCGUAAUUUGUGUCCUUCUUUUCCUGCCAUCAAACACGGUGGCUUUGAGGGAUCUCCCAUGGAGAGAAAAAGUUAAACAGCUUGAUCUGCCUGGGUUCGUUCUUCUGGCUCCAUCGAUUAUCUGCUUGAUCCUUGCAUUGCAAUGGGGUGGCACUUCUUAUCCAUGGAGAAGUGGUCGUAUUAUUGCCCUUUUUGUUGUAUUUGGACUAUUGUUCAUCGGCUUCUGGGCGGUUCAGGUAUGGCAGGAAGAUCUCGCUACCAUCCCCAUUCGGAUCAUCAAGAACAGAAACGUCUGGGGCGGAAUAUUUUACGGAACGAUGAUCUCUGCCUCCUUGUUUGUGUUUACAUUCUACAUUCCUAUCUGGUUCCAAGCUAUCAAGGGCGAUUCAGCUACCCAGUCCGGUAUCGACAACCUGCCUAUGUUGAUUGGACUCGUGGUUUUUGCUAUCAUCGGAGGCGUCCUUGCUUCUACUACCGGAUACUACACACCAUUCCUUAUUCUCUCUGCAAUCAUCACAUCCGUCGGGGCCGGAAUGCUCACCACUCUGGAGGUAGACUCAGGGAUCGGUGUCUGGUUUGGCUAUCAGGUCCUUCUUGUCGCUGGAGCAGGUAUCGGUGCUCAGAACAUGCUGCUUAUUUCCUCCGUAGCUGUGGAGAAGGUUGAUAUGCCCAUCACAACCUCGGUUUUGACCUUCACUCAGGUAUUGUCUGCAGCAAUCUUCCUUCCAAUCGGUCAGAGCGUUUUCCAGAAUCGACUUGUUGUCGAGUUGAGCUCAAGGAUAUCAGCCUCCGAUGCAGCCAUCGUUGUGAACGCUGGCGCAACUGGAUUUCAAAAGAGUCUAUCAUCGAAGGUGCUCCCACUCGCUCUGGAGGGCUACAAUAAAGCGAUUACCGAGACCUUUUACGUUGGCGUUGCCUGCGGCGCCCUUUCCAUCGUGGGCACUCUCGUUCUAGAAUGGCUUUCUAUCAAAGAUGUGAAAAAUGACCAUGAUAAGAAAGACGAAGAGAAGGGUAUUGAAGACGGAAACACCAGGGCGGAUGCCGAAGGCGACCGACCCCAACCCGCAGAUGCCACGCAGACCUGA